AGGCGAUGCCUUUUUCGUGCCUGUCGAGCAAGCACCAUCCCACGAAAAUGCGGGGGCGUCCAGAUGAGAGCAUAUAAUCGACGUCGCGACGCCACCGAGGCACAGACGCCGCUCCACCUCUGUCCCGUGCACGAAAGUUGAAAUCGAAGAAAAGCCAUAAUGUGUGAUGACGAAGUAGCUGCCCUGGUCGUAGACAAUGGCUCCGGUAUGUGCAAAGCCGGCUUUGCCGGGGACGAUGCUCCUCGCGCCGUCUUCCCAUCGAUUGUUGGUCGACCCCGUCAUCAGGGUGUCAUGGUCGGUAUGGGUCAAAAAGAUAGCUACGUAGGCGACGAGGCUCAGAGCAAACGAGGUAUCCUGACUUUAAAAUAUCCGAUCGAGCACGGUAUCAUCACUAACUGGGAUGACAUGGAGAAGAUCUGGCAUCACACCUUCUACAACGAAUUGCGUGUCGCUCCCGAGGAACACCCGGUCCUCCUUACCGAAGCACCUCUGAACCCAAAAGCUAACCGCGAGAAGAUGACGCAGAUUAUGUUCGAAACCUUCAACAGCCCAGCUAUGUACGUCGCUAUUCAGGCCGUCCUGUCCUUGUACGCCUCUGGUCGUACAACUGGUAUCGUUUUGGACUCCGGUGACGGUGUUUCUCACACUGUACCCAUCUAUGAAGGUUAUGCCCUUCCCCAUGCCAUCCUCCGUCUGGACUUGGCUGGACGCGAUCUUACCGACUACCUCAUGAAGAUCCUUACCGAAAGAGGCUACAGCUUCACCACCACGGCCGAGCGAGAAAUCGUUCGCGACAUCAAGGAGAAACUUUGCUAUGUCGCCCUGGACUUUGAACAGGAAAUGGCCACCGCUGCCGCUAGCACUUCUCUCGAAAAGAGCUACGAGUUGCCUGAUGGUCAAGUCAUCACCAUCGGUAACGAGAGAUUCCGUACACCCGAGGCCCUCUUCCAACCUUCCUUCCUAGGUAUGGAAUCUUGCGGUAUCCACGAGACCGUCUACAACUCUAUCAUGAAGUGCGACGUCGAUAUCCGUAAGGAUCUCUAUGCCAACAAUGUUCUCUCCGGUGGUACCACUAUGUAUCCUGGUAUCGCUGAUCGUAUGCAAAAGGAAAUCACCGCUCUCGCACCUUCGACCAUCAAGAUCAAAAUCAUCGCUCCACCCGAGAGGAAGUACUCCGUAUGGAUCGGCGGUUCCAUUCUGGCCUCCCUGUCUACUUUCCAACAGAUGUGGAUUUCUAAACAAGAGUACGACGAGUCCGGCCCUGGCAUCGUUCACCGCAAGUGCUUCUAAACAAUUACGCUCGAUGCUAUUCAUUAUUAUUAUUGUUAUUAUUGCUACACCUUUCCCUAAGAUGUAUCGUUCACUGCCGCAUCGCUUUGUCUAGUGUUGGAUCUGUUAGUCGAAUACUACUAUCAUUACUAUUGGUCCAUGGCAGCAAGUCUUUUAUCAACGAUUGUCAUACGAGCAUAUACGUCAUCUUUUGUAUAUAAAUUUACGUCUAUGGAAUAAAUCAAUCUUACAUUCUUACAGCCGUUUAA